AUGGUUUAUUCUCAGAAGGAGGACGAUAGCUGGCGUAUUACAAUAGCGGCAGAUAGAUGUAAAACGUUUUUAACCAUCUAUGGAAAACCAAGGCGAAAAGAUAUAGAAUUUGUAAUGAGUGACUAUGUAUUCUUGAAGGUUUAUCCUAUGAAAGAGGUUAUGAGAUUUAGAAAGAAAAGCAAGUUCGCACCUCGUUACAUAGGACCUUUUGAGAUCACGGAUAAAGUGGGAGCAAUUGCCUAUCAGUUGGAAUUGCCACCAAACCUUUUUCAUGUCCACCCAUUAUUUUAUAUUUUCAUGCUUAGGAAGUACGUUUCCGAUCGUUCUCAUGUGCUGCAACCAAACACAGUAGAGUUAAAUGAGAAUUUGAUCUUUGAAGAGCAGCCAAUAGCCAUAUUAGACUAUUAG